AAGAAAAUCGGAGGCAUGUGAUGUGAUUUUCAAAGCUGGAAAACAUGAACCAAUUGACAGGAGAUACCAGAGUUUGAAGCCUACUUAUAUUGCAUGCUAGUUCUUGUUGAUGAACCAAGCACUCUCAAAACAAAUCAAUCUCAUCACGAUUCAAGUUGAUGGAGCUAUCAAAAAAGCAUUUUGAAGCAUGCUGCUCUUUUUUCCUUGUUUUCUUUUUACAGCAAGUUUUCUCAAAAACUCCAACAGCCCUUCUAGUUAGAGGAAAUGACACUGAUCAACAAGCAUUACUCCAGUUCAAAGCCAAGAUAACUGAUGAUCAGCUUAGGGUCAUGGAGUCCUGGAAUAGUUCCAUUCACUUCUGUCAGUGGCAUGGUGUUACAUGCGGUCACAAGCAUCAGAGGGUCAACAAGUUGAAACUGCAAUUCCUGAAACUCUCGGGAUCUCUAUCACCAUUCAUUGGAAAUUUGAGCUUCCUUAAGGAGUUGAAUCUUUCGGGCAAUAGCUUCUACAACCAGAUUCCUCAGGAGGUUGGUCAUUUAAGGAGACUGGAAAUAUUAGAUCUGACUAGCAACUCCAUAAGCGGUGAAAUUCCUCCCAAUUUAUCUUCUUGUUCUAAGCUCAAAAUAGUUCGUAUGGGAAGCAACCAACUAACAGGAGAAAUACCUUCUUUUCUGGGUUUCUUGUCAAACUUGAAAGUCUUGAGUUUUUACAACAACAGUUUGAGAGGGAGUAUCCCACCUUCAUUGGGUAAUUUGUCAUCCUUGGAGGAACUUGCCUUGACAUAUAAUGCAUUAGAUGGGAUUAUACCUGAAACUCUAGGACGGCUAACAAAUCUUUCAAUUUUUUUGGCGGCAGCAAAUGCAAUUUCUGGUACGCUUCCUGUUGCAAUGUUCAAUCUUUCCAAUAUUAGGUUCUUUGAUAUUGGUGAAAAUAAGAUUCAAUGUACUCUUUAUACUGACUUAGCGAUCACUAUGCCAUAUGUUGAGUUCUUUUCUGUAAGGGGAAAUAAAAUCUCCGGACAAAUCCCGAUUUCAAUAACCAAUGCCUCAAAUCUACACGUACUUCAAUUUAAUGAUAAUAGACUUAGUGGAAAGGUGCCUUCCUUGGAGAAGUUGGAUAAACUAUCUACGCUUCAACUUGCCGUUAACGGUUUGGGACAUGGGAGAGAAGGUGACUUGACCUUUCUCUGCACUUUAGUCAAUAAUACCAAAUUAGAAUUUCUAUUUAUUAGUGACAAUAAUUUUGGAGGGGUAUUUCCUAAAUGCGUCAGCAAUUUUUCCAACACCCUUUUACGGUUAGAAAUAGACGAGAACAAAAUAAUGGGAAGAAUCCCAGAUGGGAUUGGUAAUCUCGUCAAUUUGGAGGUAUUAUUUGCAUCAGAAAACCAAAUGUCUGGUCCCAUACCAUUUGAGAUUGGGAGGCUUCAAAAGCUAAACAAAUUUUUCGCUCAUAUUAAUUUUCUCUCUGGGACUAUUCCCCAUUCUAUUGGAAAUUUAUCGGCGUUAACAAUAGUUGGUUUAGAUUUUAACAAUCUCCAGGGCAACAUUCCUCCAAGUAUAGGCAAAUGCCAGAGUUUGCUUGAACUGACUGUUUCUUAUAAUAAUCUUAGUGGACCUAUACCCCCUCAAUUACUUGGGGUCUCAUCCAUGUCCAUAAUUCUGGACUUAUCGUCAAACCAUUUGACUGGUGAGCUUCCUGUUGCAGUAGAAAAUUUGAAAAAUCUAGGUCAACUCUAUGUUUCUCAAAAUAGGUUAUCCGGUUUGCUUCCAAAAACCCUUGGUAGUUGUGUAAGUCUAGAGAAACUGUAUUUGGAUGGAAAUCUUUUUGAAGGACCCAUUCCUUCAUCUUUGAGUUCACUGAGAGGACUUGAGGCAUUAGACGUAUCCAACAAUAAUCUUUCAGGGGAGGUUCCAGAAUUUCUUGUCAGAUUUGGGGCUUUACGGUAUUUAAAUCUCUCUUUCAAUAAUUUUGAAGGAGUGAUACCUAGUGGAGGAGUCUUUAAGAAUGGUAGUGCUACAUUUGUUGAGGGAAACAGUAAGCUUUGCGGAGGCGUCCCCGAGUUACACUUGUUAAUAUGUAACUCGAAAACAUCAUCAAGCAAUUCUCUUAGAUUAAAAGUUGCAAUUAUUGUUGUGACUUUAGGAGUGACUUUGGUUUUUACUUGUCUCCUCAUCUUGUGGUUUAGAAAGAAGAAAGAGCAGUCAACGACAACUUGUGUAGAAAGUUCUCUUUUACAAUUAUCAUACCAAAGCAUCGUAAGGGCUACGGAUGGAUUCUCCACGCAGAAUUUGGUUGGUUCAGGAAGCUUUGGUUCUGUAUACAAAGGAGUUCUUGAAGCUAGUGGAGCUGUUAUUGCAGUAAAGGUGCUUAAUCUUCUGAAUCGUGGAGCUUCCAGGAGUUUCCUGGCUGAAUGCGAGGCCUUGAAGAACAUUCGACAUCGAAAUCUUGUCAAGGUACUAACAGCUACUUCAGGAGUCAAUUACCAAGGCAAUGAUUUUAAAGCCUUGGUUUAUGAGUUCAUGGAAAAUGGAAGCUUGGAGGACUGGUUGCAUCCACUUAUUGGCAUGAAUGAACCAGAGACGGCGAGAAACCUAAACUUCUUCCAAAGAGUAAGUGUGGCCAUAGAUGUUGCUCAUGCACUCGAAUAUCUGCACCAUCAUUGUGAAGAACCAAUCAUUCACUGUGACCUCAAGCCAAGCAAUAUUCUACUUGAUGAAGAAAUGGUUGGUCAUAUAAGUGACUUCGGCUUAGCAAAAAUCCUUUCUACGGACAGACUUAACUAUCCUGCCAAUAAAUCAAGCUCCCUUGGACUAAGAGGAACUAUUGGUUAUACUCCACCAGAAUAUGGUAUGGGAAGUGAGUUGUCAAUAAAAGGUGAUGUGUAUAGCUAUGGCAUCCUCUUGCUAGAGAUGUUUACAGGGAAAAGGCCAACUGAUGAAAGGUUCAAGGAGGGUUUAAGUCUUCACAACUUUGUUAAGGUAGCAUUUCCUGAACGAGUUAUUGAGAUUUUAGAUCGUAUUCUUGUUCAAGAAAAAGUCAAGCAAGGAACUCUCAAUGGAAAAUUCCUAGGAGAUGACAGACAUUUUCAGUGCUUGAUUUCGAUAGUUGAAAUAGGACUCACUUGCUCUGCUGAAUUGCCGAGUGAGAGGAUGCACAUGAGUGAUGUUGUUACCAAGCUUUCUUUUGUUAGAGACAAGCUUUGCCCAACUCGAUUGCGUCGUGAAGUGCUACUCAAUCAACAGUUGCAGGUAUCUGAGGUGCCAUAAGGAUGGCCCUGAGUGGCAUAGGUCAAGCAAAGUGCUUUAUUAUUGCUGCUUUGUUUAGACAAAUAAACUAUAGAAAAGGCAAGUAAUGAAACUACUGUUUUUCUUUUCAAGUGAUAGUUGGAGAAAAGAGACUUGUUUUCUAUAUUAAUGAAAAUGUUUGGAUUUUGAGCCU